AUGGCUUGCGCUUUAGGAAAGAACUCAAUACUUUCUAAUUUAAAAGUGCUGUUACUGGAGGGUGGUCCCAGUCCAAGGUUUAAUCUAAAGCCUGAAUAUAGCAAUCGGGUAGUAGCGUUGAGUCCGAACACAAAGACUUUAAUGACCUCUCUUAAGGCCUGGAGACAUGUGGAGGAUAUGCGUCUGCAGCCUGUACGACAUAUGCAAGUAUGGGAUGCCUGCUCAGAUGCCCUCAUUACGUUCAGUAGUACAGAGAUCUUAGAUGACGAUGUGGCAUACAUAGUAGAAAAUGAUGUGUUACAACAUGCCGUAAACACUGAACUGGCGUCUCCUGGAGUAAAGAAUGUGGACAUAGUAUAUGGAGCCAAAAUCUCCGGGUAUGAGUUAGCGAAGAACAAUAAAAUGGAUAGCUUGGUGACUAUGGAGAAUGGAGAUUGUUAUUCCUGCAAAUUAUUGAGUUAUUUGCAUUUAUGA